CCUGGGCUGCCCCUGAUGAGAGGAGGUCCUGCACCAACUUCAUUCCACCCCACAAAGGGAGAGCACAUGCUGGGGACUCGCCAGAGGGAUCAGGCAAACAAAGCUCACAGUUCGGACUUAUUUCUUGUUGCCGGAUCACUUCUCUCCAGUCUGUUUGCCCUGAAUGUGAUUGUCCUUUUUAGACAUGGAAACGUCCUUCGCCGUGAGCUCUGUCCUCCCGUCCCUGCUGCUCUCUCUUCAUCUGCACUGCAGCCUCCUCGCUUGGGCCGCGAUGGACUCCUGCAUCGACGAGGAGGGCGGGCCGAGCCGCUGCAUGCCCAAGUUUGAGAACGUCGCCUUCAAUCGCACGGUGGUGACGUCCAACGUGUGCGGCUCGCCGCCCGAGGACUACUGCAUGCAGACCGGCUCCACGCGCUCGUGCCGCCACUGCGACGCGUCCCAUCCGGACCUGAGCCACGGCGCCGGCCUCCUGACAGACUUCCACAGGAACGAGGAGCCCACGUGGUGGCAAAGCCAGUCCAUGUACUAUGGUGUCCAGCACCCAAGUUCCGUCAACCUCACCCUCCACCUGGGGAAGGCUUUCGAGAUAACCUACGUGCGAUUGAAAUUCUACACCAGUCGUCCGGAGAGCUUCGCCAUCUACAAGCGCACGGCGGAAGGUGGCUCCUGGGUGCCUUACCAGUUUUACAGCGCCUCCUGUAGGAAGACCUACGGGAAGGACGCCAAGGCCUACAUCCGCCCGGGAGAUGACGAGAGGACGGCUUUGUGCACGGACGAGUUCAGCGACAUCUCCCCCCUCACCGGGGGGAACGUGGCGUUCUCCACCCUGGAGGGACGGCCCAGUGCGUACAACUUUGAUCAAAGCGCGGUGUUGAAGGAAUGGGUCACAGCCACUGACCUGCUCAUCUCUUUGGACAGGCUUAACACCUUUGGAGACGAGUUCUUCAAGGAUGCCAAAGUGUUGCGCUCGUACUUCUAUGCCAUCUCUGAUUUCUCCGUGGGUGGCAGAUGCAAGUGUAAUGGCCACGCCAGCGAGUGCGUGGCGUCGGAGCACCGGGGCCUGGUGUGCUCCUGCCAGCAUCACACAGCGGGGGACGACUGCCAGAGAUGCCAGCCCUUCUACCAGGACCGACCCUGGUUCAGGGCCACGGGGGACUCCGCCAACGAGUGUUUGAAGUGCAACUGCAGUGGGAGGUCGGACGAGUGCGUGUUCGACGCCGAGCAGUACCGCAGCACCGGCAGCGGGGGGCGCUGUGUGAGCUGCAGAGACAACACCGACGGGCCCCAUUGUGAGCGCUGCAGACAGGACCACUACAGGGCGUCCGCCGAGGAGCCCUGCCUGCCAUGCAACUGCAACGUCAACGGUUCGGUGAGUCUGCAGUGUGAUGGAGAAGGAAGGUGUGCGUGUUCAGCCGGCGUGACGGGGGAGAAGUGUGACGCAUGUCGGGCCGGCUUUCACUCGCUCGGCCACGGCGGCUGCAGGCCCUGCGAGUGCGACCCCGGCGGCAGCGUGGACGACUGCUCCCCCCUCGACGGACAUUGUCCCUGCAAGCCCAACGUGGAGGGGCAGAGCUGUGACAGAUGCAAGCCAGGCUUUUUCAACCUUGAGCCAGUGAACCCGGCGGGAUGCCAGGCCUGUUUCUGCUCCGGCCACUCGCUGGCCUGCUCCUCCUCCCAUCGCUACGCCGCCGCCAGCAUCACUUCUGACUUCCUCGAAGAUCAGGACGGCUGGCUGGGGGAGUUCUCCGGGGGGCAGCAGUACACCCUGCUGUGGAAGGAAGGUGAAGUCUACCUGCUGCCUCUCACCGAGGAAGACGUCGGCUUCUACAAAGCGCCCGAGAAAUUCCUGGGUCAGCAAGUCUACAGCUACGGCCAGCUCCUCUCCAUCACCUUCACCUCUGAGACCCCCGAGCUGCUCCCCCACCGCGUCACCUUGCUCCUCCAGGGCGCCGGAGUCACCCUCUCCGCUGACCUUUCACCCCAGCCGGCGCUUGGCGGCGGCCUCACAUCGCAGCGAUCCUUCGUCGUCAGGCUUCAUGAAAACGAGAUGAGAUUCCAACCUCCUUUGUCUGCCUCUGCGUUCCAACAACUCCUUAACAACCUGACGGCGCUCAGAAUCAGCAACGCCGGAGGACACAACUACACGUCGCAGCUCGCGGGGGUCACCCUGACCUCGGCUCUCGUCCCCUCCGGCGCCGCCCACCCUCCUGCCCCGUGGGUGGAGUCCUGUUCCUGCCCCCCGGCGUUUACGGGCCAGUUUUGCGAGCGCUGUGCCCCAGGCUUCACCCGGGAAGACUCCGCCAGGGGGCCUCUCUCCACGUGUGUGCCAUGCAACUGCCACCAGCACGGAACCUGCCACCCAGAGACAGGCGCGUGCGAGUGCUCCGACUUCACCGCCGGGAUGACCUGCGAGCGCUGCCGGGCUGGUUACCACGGCAACGCUGUGACUGGCACGCCCGGUGAUUGUCGGCCGUGCCCCUGCCCGGGCCGCACCAGCUGUGCCGAAAUUGCGAAAACGGGACAGGUGGUGUGCACCAACUGCCCCGCAGGACAGACAGGCAUGCGCUGUCAGAUGUGCGAAGACGGUUACUACGGCGACCCCCUGGGACAAUCCGGUGAAGCUCGGGCGUGCGCGAGAUGCGACUGCAGCGGCAACGUGGACUUCAACGCGCUGGGAACGUGUGACCGCGUGACCGGGGAAUGCCUGAAAUGCCUGGGACACACCGAGGGCGACCGCUGCCAGCGCUGCCAGCGGGGUUUCUACGGCGACGCCCGGAGCCAGAGCGCUGGGCAGAAGUGCAAGCCGUGCAGCUGCAAUCCUAAAGGAACCUCUGGACGCGUAAAUGAGUGCCACCCUCAGACGGGAGAAUGCCAGUGCCUCGGUCAUGUGACCGGACGGGAUUGCAGUUCUUGCGAUGGCGGCUUCUUCAACCUGCAACCAGGUGUAGGAUGCGAGAGGUGCAAGUGCAAUCCGAUUGGCUCAGCCUCCGCCGCGUGUCACCCAUCCACAGGGCAGUGCGUGUGUCGCGCCGGAGUGGAGGGCGUGCUGUGCGACUCCUGCCGCGUCGGCUUCUUUGGAUUCUCGUCCCGAGGGUGUAGAGCCUGUAACUGUGACCCAAUGGGCUCCGUCUCGAUGCAGUGCCACGGCAACGGCACCUGCCACUGCCGCCAGGGCUUUGUGGGUUACAAGUGUGACAAAUGUGAGAUGAACUACUUCCACAGCAGCGCCACGCACCAGUGUGAGGAAUGCCCCGUCUGCUACGGCCUCGUCAAGAAGCAGGCAGAACAGAUGAGGACUCGCCUGCAGGAUCUGGAGAAGCUUCUGGCUCACUUUGACUGCCGUGGUAGAUCCGGGAAGCGGCACCCGCUGCUGAAGUAUCCCAUGGCCAGGCUGCAUGAGCACGGGGAUCAGGGGGAGGACGCUCUGCCCAAUGCUCUGGAGGAUUUCCUGGCCUUCCAAGAGGCUCGGGAGGCCUUCAUAAAACAUUUUUCGCUGCUCGAAGCUUCCCACGGCACACUCUUAGCCCAGCUGCACGGCAUUACAUCCACGCUGAACUGCAGCAUCAGCGUGACGGAGGAAGAGGGGAAGGAGAGGAGGAAGGAGGGAGGGAGCAAGGGCGCGUGUCAAACCUUCACACAAACCGCGUUCAUGGUCACGGCGUCUCAGGAACAGCUCAAGCAGGCAACGCGGGACCUGGACAACAUGAUCAUUCCUUUUGAGGUGCCGUCAGAACCCAACAAAUGGAACAUUUUGGUCAAUGACUCGCGGGCCCUGAUGAAAAGCCACGGAGAGACUGCAGACCACAUUGAGGCCGUGGCCAGCAGGGCGGCCAGAGUCUCGCAGCAGACCCUGGGUCUCCUGGCAGAUCUCCUGCAGGACAACUCCACGGAGGAGUACACCGGGAACCUUACGGAGCAGAUAACACGAAUGCGGCGGCAGAGGGCGGACCUGACGUCACGGGUCAAUGACGCCGCCGCUGAGCAGCUGGCCCUGGAGGAGGAGGCUGCUGGUUUAAAGCUCGCCCUGGGAAACAUCACAUCAUCCUUACAUCAGAUGUCUCCGACCGACGCCGGCCCCUCGCCAGAGCCCGACCAGACCCCCCCAACCGACCGUACGACACGGUGGGUGGAGGACCUGCUAAAACAAAAAGAAGAGCUGGACCAGCAAAUUCAGAUGAAAGACAAGCUCAUCAGUAAGAUCAGAGAGGAGGUGGAGCCUCUGAAACACGCUGCCGGCCAAAAGAUGGAGGUGAUGGUUGACAUUAGUGAGAUGCAAGCUGACGCUGAAGGGGCAAAGGUCGCGGCCCUGUCGUCCGUGGUGACGGGGAAAGAGGUGGAGUCUGACGCCAUCGCCCUGCACAGGGAACUGCAAUACAUGGUGAGGGAGUUUCCCCGUCGGCGGACCCAGACCGAGGCGGCCGUGAAGAAGGGGAGACCCCUGGAGGAAAAGGUUCUAGCAGACGUCAGGAAGAAGGUCUCACAGAUAGAGAAGAUGCUGAAACCGGCGCUGGAAAACUCCAGCCUCUCCAGCAACGCCACAAAGGAAGCGGAAAGGAGAGCACACGCUGUGGCAAAGGAAUCCAAAGCCAUUCUGACCCAGGCCAAGCACACCAGGACUGCGUCUGCUCACCUCGACUCCCACAUAGACUCUGCUUUAAAACAGCUGGCUGAGCAGGAGACGCUAGCAGACACACUCAGCUCGCAGAUCACCUCAGAGCCUGAGGCGUCCCUGGCCGGCGUUAUGGAGGACAUGGAAGCAGCCAAGCUCCAGUUAAAGGCCUAUUCCGCUACACUGACCGAGCUAAUCAGCAGCAUCGAUGGGAACGUGCCGCUGGAGCGCUUCCACCGCCUUCUGGAUGAGACGGCGCGGCGCCUGAGCGUGCUGCGCGGCAGCGUCGACAGCCCGGCGCUGGUGUCCAAGAUCCAGAGGCUGCAGUCGGCCGCCAAGGAGCAGCACAGCAGGAUGUCCUUCAUCGAGCAGGACCUGCAGGAGAUCAGGGAGGAGAGAGACAGUCUCAGGGACAUCGCUUUAAACCUGCCCCAGUCGUGCCCCCGGGCCACGGGGGCAGCGGGAGGCUAGACACUCACUGCAGAUGGGUCUCUGGAAGACAGCCGAGCAUCACAGAAGUCUGAGGAUUUCGUUUCAUUUUCUUUUAUAUUCUACUUCAAAAAAAGGUCAGUUAUCUCCUCCAAAUAUUUACAUCAAGUGCAUUUCAUUCUACCACGGAUUUUGUUAAUAAAAAGGUAAUUGUCAUUUAUUAUUCUCCUACAGAAAAGUCAUAUAUAUCCUUUAAUUCUUUUUUAAUUCAAAAAAGUUUUUCCCCGAGAUACAUUUAUUUGACUAAACUCAUGGUCUCUCACACACUCCCACGAUUCACACCUCAUCCUUUGUUUUUAUUCCCCUUCAUUUCUUUUUCCCCACUCGACAACAUCCAAACUUUUAACUUCACCGUGAAUAAUUAGCCACCGUUGGUUUCCUGUCGAGUUUGAAAUAAUGCUUGUUUCCUGGUGUGGGGGGUGAAGAGGUGACUGUCACAUUCAUUCACCGACCGCUUUAAUUAACAAUUAGUCCCCUCGGCCUCGGUGGGUUCAGGUCAGGCUUCGUUCGUCUUUGUGGUUACUAUCGCACGGUUAAUAUUCCUUGUUCCCGGGGUCACGACCUUUGUCCCACUGUCUGGCUUCUGAUGGACCAAAUGUAAAAGCUUCUUACCUUUGUAGUGUGAAUACGACUCAUGGAGGGACGGUUUACCAAAGUGAUGUAAGAUGAGCAUUUCGCCGUUUUUAUUCUUGUUUGAAUAUUUGAUCAGGAAUCCGAUUUAAGACAAACCAGUUCCACAUUUACAUCUAGUAAUUGUUUUAAGUAUGUAAAGCCUUCACAUGGAAACCAUUUCAAAAUAAAGAAUGCUUGAAAGACCCA